AUGGAGCUGCUGCUGAGCAGCAGCAGCAGCAGGAAGUUUAUAAAUGCUGUCUCCUUUGUUGAGGAGACAAAAAGGGGACUGGCAGAAGCAGCAGCAGCACAAAUACAUAAAAACCCCAAAAGAGUUUUUGUUGCUGCUUCUUUAUUUCUUGGUUUGUCUCCUGAUGAUAUAGGUUAUACAAUAAAACAUAAAGACACAGAUCCUGCUGCUGCUGCUGCAGCAGAAGCAGCAGCAGCAGAAGCAGCAGCAGCAAACUGCAGCAACGGCAUCUGUACAAGCAGCAGUGGUCUGCUGCCUAUACACCCCAGAGUGCAGCACGCGCUUGAUAGAUACGAUGCAGCAGCAGCAGCAGCAGCAGCAGCAAAGACAACAACGCCACCGCCAGCAGCAGCAGCAGGGGCGCAAACAGAAACAGCAGCAGCUGCAGCAGCAGCAGCAGCAGCAGCAGCAGCAGCUCCAGCUGCUGCAGCAGACGGAAUAAAAAUGAUGCUUAAUGUAGGCAGCAGCACUGUUGAUGCUGCUGUCGUUUCCUUUAAAAACAGCAGCAGCAGCAGCAGCAGCAGCAGCAGCAGCAGCAGCAGCAGCAAGGGGGGAGAGGUUGUGCCGCAAAGACAGCAGCUAGAGAGAUUGAUAGAGACCAGUGGUCUCCUUGAGGAUAUAGAGGAGACAGCAGCAGCAGCAGCAGCAGCAGCAGCAGAAGCGACAAAAGCUGCUGCUGCUGCAGCAGAUAAACAUGAACCUGUAACAACAGCAGCAGUAGCAGCAGCAGCAGCAGCAGCAGCAGCAGCAGCAGCAGCAGCAGAAGCAGAUAUAGAAGCAAUAGAGCUGCUGGGGGGGGCCUGGCGUGUGCCUAGGGCUAUCCAGGAGUUUAGUUUACGUAUAGGGGAUAAAAAAGGAGACAAAAAGGAGACAAAAGGAGACAAAAAAGAGACAGAAGAAAGCGAAAAAAAGGAGACAGAUAAAGAAGACAUAAAGGAGACAGAUACAGCCGAGAAAACAGAAAAAAAAGGAGACAAAAAGGAGACAAAAGGAGACAAAAAGGAGACAGUUCAGACCCUUCUCAAUGGAGACGAAGCAAUGGCGACGGGAGCAGCAUUUGUAGCAGCAAACGCAACAACAACGUUUAGGGUGAGGAAGCUGCUGCUGCAGGAUGGUGUUCCUUAUACAUAUUCUCUGCGUUUCUUCGGCCUGCAGCAGCAGCAGCAGCAGCAGCAGCAGCAGCAGCAGCAGCAGCAGCAGCAGCAGCAGCAGGAGGGAGAAGAGUAUAGAAAGGUGCUGCUGCAGCCCUUCUCUAGACUCAGCGGCAGCAAAAAGGUAACAGUAAGAGCAGCAACAGAUUUCGUGCUGCAGCUGCUGGAGGACGAGAAGGUGCUAACAACUCAUACUAUUUCAGGUGUACACGCAGCUCAGCAGCAGCAGCAGCAGCAGCAGCAGCAGCAGCAGCAGCAGCAGGGGGAGGGGGAGGGGGAGGAGACAGAAGAAGAGGUAUCUAAGGCGGAGUUGAUCUUCUCUAUAGAUGCUGCAGGCGUAAUACAACUCAAAACAGCAACACUUGUUAUGGAGAAAACAACAUACACUGCUGCUGACGAAAAGGAGACACCUGCUGCUGCUGCUGCUGCUGCUGCUGCUGCUGGGAGGACGAGAAGGUGCUAA